CUGCAUUCAAAGUCACCUGCUCUGUCAGAACGGACAGAUGAGAGCGCUCCAGAGACUGAUCCAGGGCAAGGUCCUGCUCAUGACCAUCUGUGCAGCCGGCAUUGGUGGGACUUUUCAAUUUGGCUAUAACCUCUCCAUCAUCAAUGCCCCCACCUUGCACGUGCAGGAAUUCACCAAUCAGACGUGGCAGGCGCGUACUGGCCAGCCACUGCCUGACCACCUGGUUCUGCUUGUGUGGUCUCUGGUCGUGUCUCUGUACCACCUUGGGGGCCUCUUUGGAGCGCUGCUGGCAGGGCCCCUGGCCGUCAUGCUGGGAAGGAAGCAGUCCCUCCUGGUGAACAACAUCUUUGUGGUGGCUGCAGCAGUCCUGUUUGGCUUCAGCCGCAGAGCGGGCUCCUUCGAGAUGAUCAUGCUGGGACGGCUUCUCGUGGGAGUCAGCGCAGGUGUGAGCAUGAACAUCCAGCCCAUGUACCUGGGGGAGAGCGCGCCCAAGGAGCUCCGAGGCGCCGUGACCAUGACCUCAGCCAUCUUCACUGCCCUGGGGAUCGUAAUGGGUCAGGUGGUUGGACUUAGGGAGCUCCUGGGGGGCCCGCAGGCCUGGCCCCUGCUGCUGGCCAGCUGCCUGGUGCCCGGGGUGCUCCAGCUGGCCUCCCUGCCCCUGCUCCCUGAGAGCCCGCGCUACCUCCUCAUUGACCGCGGAGACACUGAGGCCUGCCUGGCAGCACUGCGGCAGCUGCGGGGCACCGCGGACUUGGCGGCGGAGUUGGCGGAGCUGGAGGAGGAGCGCGCUGCCUGCCAGGGCCUGCGAGCACGGCGCCCGUGGGAGCUGUUCGGGGACGGCACCCUGCGGAGGCAGGUGACGAGCCUCGUAGUGCUGGGCAGUGCCAUGGAGCUCUGCGGGAACGACUCGGUGUACGCCUAUGCCUCUUCUGUGUUCCUGGAGGCGGGGAUCCCUGAGGAGAAGGUCCAGUAUGCUGUCAUCGGGACCGGGUGCUGCGAGCUGCUCAUGGCGUUUGUCAGUUGUGCGGUCAUUGAGAGGGUGGGCCGGCGGGUGCUGCUGAUGGGGGGAUACUGCCUGAUGACCUUCUGGGGGAGCAUCUUCACCGUGGCGCUGUGCCUGCAGAGCUCCUUCCCCUGGAUGCCCUACCUGGCCAUGUCCUGCAUCUUCGCCUUUAUCCUCAGCUUUGGCAUUGGUCCUGCUGGAGUGACAGGCAUCCUGGCCACGGAGCUGUUUGACCAGACGGCCCGGCCUGCUGCCUACGUGGUCUGUGGGGCGCUCAUGUGGACCAUGCUCUUCCUGGUUGGGCUCGGGUUCCCCUUCAUCAUGGAGGGAUUGUCCCACUUCCUCUAUGUGCCUUUCCUUGGUGUCUGUGUCUGUGGGGCCCUCUACACUGGCUUCUUCCUCCCUGAGACCAAAGGCAAGACAUUCCUGGAGAUCUCUGAAGAAUUGCACAGACUCAACCUCCCCAGGCGGAGCCAGGGCCCCACGUGGAGAGGCCCGCACGUCAUCCAGUCCACGGAGCUGUAGCCCUGCAGGUGCGGCCGGGCCCGGAUCCAGCUGCCGUUCUUCCCUUUGCUUCCUCUCCAUUCACUAGCUCCUGUAUUUGUUCAUCUAAUGAGCGCUUAUUGAAUGGCAACCUACUGUG